AUGUUAUAUAUCUAGCUCUUUAACACCUAUAUCAAUAGAAUACAAAGUUGGUAUGGCGAAAGUGUUUUAAAUAAUCUAGGAUUAGGUUCUAAAUGCUACAAUGUAAUAAUUCUCACUUUUUGGACUCCUAGUUGGAUAUCUGAUUCCCUUUCGGUAUGGCAAAAUUUAUAUACUUAUUUAGGAACAGAUAAAUAUGGAAAAUCAACUGCAAUGGUUCAAAAAUAUUUAUUAGAUGAAUUACAUAAGUAAAAUAAAAAAUUAUUUAUAAGCGCUUUUGGUUCUACUUCUAAUCCAACUAAUUUAGAUCCUGAAACUGUAGCAUCAUAAUUGGCAGAUUUUAUAAACUAAAACCCUUAUUUGGAUGGAGUAGAUAUUGACUACGAAGAUAACGAUGCUAUGCGCAAAGGUACUGCUGUAAAUUGGCUUAUCGUAUUCUAAAAAGCAUUAAGUUCAAAAGUGCAAAAUAAAAAUAUAAUUUUUACUCAUGCUCCUUAAGCGCCUUACUUCUCAAGACAAGUAUAUAAUGAUUAAGGAUACUAUAAAAUAGAAAAAGAAAUAGGACAUCUUAUUAGUUGGUAUAAUGUCUAAUUCUAUAAUUAAUUGGAAAAUAAAUAUGAUACUUAUGAAACAUUAUUCUUAGAAAGUGGAGAAUUCUUUGUCUAAUCUAGUUAUAAGGAAAUUAUUGAGUUAGCUGAAAUUCCUAUUUAAAAGCUCAUUUUGGGAAAACCAGCAGUCCCAAAUGAUGCUUCUAAUACUGGGUAUAUUACUCCUGAUUAACUUGGAUAAAUAUGUAAUAAAGCUAAAGGUGAACUCGGAUAUGAACUUCCUGGUUUUAUGAUUUGGUAAUUUCUUUCAGAUAAUUAAUGCAAUUUUCAUAAUUAAUUCAUUAAUAAUUAUUAACCUUGA